GGCCUGCUGCGCCUGGGGCAGCUGGCGCUGGGCGCUGCCUUCUGGGUGACGGUGGCGGCUCACAAGUACGAGGGGGCGGCCCACUUCGCCCUCUUCGCCGCCGUCCUGGUCUGGCUCCUCACCCUGGCCCUCUUCGGGCUGAGCCUGCUGGGGCGCUGGGCGCUGGUGCCCUGGCUGGGCUCCCGCUGGCUCCUCACCAACCUGGUGCACGACCUGGCGCUGGGUGUGGGGCUCUACGCGGCCGCCACCGGCAUCAUGGGCUACAAGGCCGGGAGGAAAAGCUAUUGCAACCUGCCGGGCUACAGCCAGCACUGCCUCUACAGCGCCUACCUGAGCGCCUCCGUCUGCGGGGGCAUCGCCGCCUGCCUGUACCUCUUCUCUGGGCUCUACUGCCUGUCACGGCGCUGCCGGGACCAGCGCGACAUCAUCUGA